AGUCACCAUAAAAUGGAUACUUUGGGCAAUUUCCUUCCUCCUGUGGUUGGAAGUCGUGAUGUGGCUAAUUCAAAAGAUGUACAAAAACUUCUGAUCGAUGAAAAUAUGCGAAGUGAAUACCAUAAAGCACAUUAUCAAUCUAUGAAGGCAGAACUUCUAAGAUUACAGGAGGAAUAUACAAAAUCACAAGAUGAACUGAAGCAGUUGUUAGUUGAAAAGCAGACUGUACAUGAUAACUUUCAGUUUCUUCUUGCUCAAUAUCAAGAGGAUUUGCUGGCUAAAACACAAGAGCUGGAAAAACUGAAGAUGCAGGUGCUAACUCCUCAAAAAUUAGAACUGUUAAAAGCACAAAUACAGAAAAAACAGGAAUUGGAAUCUCCUAUGACAGAACGUUACCGGAAGCUAGAAAAUGAAGUGGAAAAAUACAGAACAGAAUAUAACAAACUUCGUUAUGAACAUGCUUUUCUGAAAUCAGAAUUUGAACAUCAAAAGGAAGAACACGCACGUGUUUUAGAAGAGAAGAAGAUAAAAUAUGAGGCUGAGAUUGCAAGACUGGAUAAAGAUAAAGAAGAACUCCGUAAUCAGCUGUUCAGUGUUGAUCCCACAAGGGACAGUAAACGUGUGGAGGCACUCUCUAGAGAAAAGGCACAACUGUAUCAGAAAUUGAAAGGCUUAGAAGCAGAAGUAGCAGAACUACGAGCAGAAAGAGACAAUUGUGGUGUGCAAGCAGAAAGUGUUCAAAGAGUACAAGUACGACAGUUAGCCGAGAUGCAGGCUAUGACAAGGUCUCUAGAGGCAGAAAAGAAGUCUGCUGAACUACAGAUUGAUCGACUUGAGAAAGAACUGCAGAUGAGUCAUGAGCAGAACAUUCUCUUAACUGGUAAACUUCAUAAAUCUGAACGAGAAGUUAAUUCAUUAGCUGCUAAA